CGCCACACCACCUGUGGAGUAGCAUUCUGUCGGCAUUCCCACUGUGUCCGCCGGAGAUUGGAAAGGGGGCGGCGUCUUCCCUCCUCGUCGCAGACGAAGGAUGCUGCAGUUCCCGGCGUUCAUGCGGCAGCUCCCGUCGCCGCCGCUGAUCCCUACCUCCACCCUGCUUCCCGUCGCUGCCCACGCCCAAAGCGACGAGGACUCCCUCGCCGUCUUGGAGUCCGAGCUCGAAGAGAAGUGGAGUGAAAUCAGAAAGACAAACAGUAACCUGCCUGUGAUGGGGAGAAAAAUUGUUGAUAGCAAGGAGGAACUCGAUGCUGGUGCAGAAGAUGAUGAUGUCGACAAUGUUGGGGAGUCUGAGGGUGAUGAGUUUGAGCAAGAAACUGGUUGAUGUAUUCCAAGAGCCACAGUGCACUCGUCCGGUCCAGCAACACAUCAUAAAGCAUGGGAACGAAGUGGACAACAGACUGUGUCCUCCGUAACACCAGCAGUCUGCGCCAUGGACAUGUCACGUGGCGUAGGACGGGAAGAGCCACAGGCAUCGGUGCCUGCAUCUGGCAGGGGGAUGUGAUAUCUCGGACGGUCGGGCAGUAACAUCUGGCCCACCUGCCGGCCCAACCUGACGCGUCGCACGGGUGAAGCCCCACCACCGCCAACCGGGAUAAGGAGAUAAGAGGCCACGGUGCUCUCCGCACCUCAAAAUAAACUAAAGGACACCAUAAAAUACAUAAGAGGCAAACACUAAAGAGGGAGGAAAAAAAAAGGGGGGGGGGGAUAAAGGAAGACUGGCACGCAAUUGGUCGGAUCCUAAGAAGAAGGAAAGGAGAUAACGUUGGCAGUAGGCUUCUGUAUGCCACCACGAUCUCCAUCUUCCAUGGUAGAAGGCGGCCAAACAACCGGAGGUGACCCCAUGGAUUCCUGAUCACAUGAUGGCCGGUCGAUUCUUGUUCACAUGGUGGUCUGUGGAGUGUUCUGGAUUAAGUGAUCUCCUCGCUGUUACGAUGUCCUCGACGAAUAUUACCUCUAGAGCGUUCUUCCUUUCGUAAUGAUUACUUACACGUGGCUUGUGCUCAUUGACUGGGUCGCAUGUCCGGACGAUCAAACGUAUAUAGUGUUCAUUGACUGUAAACACUUACCACACUAAUUUAUUUCCCAAUUUUUAGACUUAAAUCCCGGUUGAUAUUUUCAUUUCCUCGGUGUUUGGUAGAUGGGAAGGCCAACAUGUAUAUUUCAAAUCAAAAUAAAACGACCGGUAAUGAAGAGGGAAGACAGCUGCCAGAGGAAUCUGUGAACCUAAAGUAACCCCUACUUGAGUUCUACCAAAUGGAAUCUCUGACCUUUCCCAAGUCUUGGCUUGUUUUCUUGUGAACGAUACCAAUCUUUCUUCCAUGAAUAUUUCAUUACAAAACCUAUUUAAAUUUAUAUAUGGAGAGAGAGAGAGAGAGAGAGAGAG